GGGGAGGGAGAGAUAAAAAGACAAGAAGAAAGCAGAGAGAGAGAUAAGAAGACGAGUGUCAGACGUCAUCAUGGGCUGCAACAUGUGUGUGGUCAAACGUCCAGAGGAGCAGUACAGGAUCAUGUUCCAGCAAAAAGCCUUCGACUCCCUGCGGCCAAUGGACAGACAUGGAAACGUAAAGGUCAGAGGACGGAGGCCCUCUCAACUCCCGCUAGACAGACCACAAAACUCCCAGGAGCCUUUGCACCAACCCGGGUCGGUCCGCAAGAGUCACAGGAGGAAAGGUACGUUAGUGUGCAGCGGUAAUGGCACCGGCAGCAGCUCCAUCUACUCCGUUGCCAUGGUGGCAAUUCCCGACUGCAUCGACAACGCAACGCAGACGGACAUCAGUUUCCAGAACAUCUUGACGCUGGGGAGGAACAGAGGUCAUCACCACCACCAUGACCGGGGAGGCGGCACCUCCUCCCCUCCACCACCUCCGCCCUCUCCUCCCCUCCCUCACCUCGUGGGACCAUAUGGGAUCAAUGAGUUCUGUGUCUUUGAGUACAAUGACCCCGAUGACUACUUUGACGUUUCUAACCAUGAGGUGGACAGGCAGGAAGACCUGGAGUAUGAGGAGGUGGAGCUGUACAAAUCCAGUCAGCAGGAGAAGUUGGGUCUGACAGUCUGCUACAGGACGGAAGACGAGGAGGAUCUUGGGAUUUAUGUUGGAGAGGUUAAUCCAAACAGCAUCGCAGCCAAAAAUGGACGCAUCAGAGAGGGUGACCGAAUACUACAGAUUAACGGAGUGGAUAUUCAGAACAGAGAGGAAGCGGUGGCCAUUUUGAGCCGAGAGGACAGCAUCAACUUCUCACUGCUGCUCGCCAGGCCUGAUAUAGAGAAUGACAACCCCGUUGAUCCAGAGGAGGACAUGGAGCUGACUCUGGAAGGAGGCGGCUUCCACCAAAAUCCUCGAACCUCUUCCUGCUCCCUCACUUCCUCUCACCUCUCUGGCUAUUAUCGCCUUUGCCGGGGGGGAGGAACAGGAGGAGGAGGAGAAGGACUGGCCUGCCCGGGGGGAGGAGAAGGAGGUAGAGAAGGUGCAGGGGGUGAUGUGAACGUGGAGGAGGAAGAGGAUGAGGAUGGGGAGGACGGAGAGAGAGGACAGAAGGAGGACAGAGACCCACCUGUACCCCUCCCUCCUCUGCUGAGCCUGGCUCCUCUGCUGUCCAACAGCCAGGAGCUGGACAGCGGAGUGGGCCGGACCGACGACAGCACCCGCUACGAGGAGUCCUCCGAACACGACCUGCUGGGUGAUCACACCAGUGCCUGUAACACCAACACCACCAACACACCAGGAAGCACCAGGAAGUUCAGACCGGGACCCAGCCCCAGGCCUAGUCCAAGACCCAGCCCCGGCCUCGGCCCCAACCCCGGGCAUGGCCGAGGAGACACCACCCCUCCUUUCCUCCACCUCCGAGACCUCCACCUUAGCUCCGACUCCCUCCCCGGCCCGGACUGGACAGCUGGAGUAGGAACAGGAGGAGCAGCGUACAGCCCCCACCAUCACCACCACAAGCACUACCACCACCACCACCACCAUCAUCAGCCCUCUCUGAUGAUGAUGAUGCCGGGCCUGACGGAGGAGGAGUGCCAGCGAUACCAGGAGCUGCUGGAGAUCAAGUGCCAGUACGAGAGGAAUAGCGAAAAACAGCAAAGAGAAGCAGUGAAAAAAGAACAUGAAGACAUCAAAGCAGAGGUGAAAGAGCAGGAAGAGAGAAAAGAGGCAGAGAGGGAGGGAGAGGUGGAAGCUUCUUCUGCCUUGGUGGUCGACGUGAACUGCAACGUGACGUUAAGUGAGCACGAGUUGGCGUUGAUCGAGGAGGAGCUGCGCCACCUGGAGUUCAAGUGCCGCAACAUCCUCCGGGCACAAAAGAUGCAGCAGCUCAGAGAGAGAUGUCUGAAAGCCUGGAUGAUGGAGGAGGAGACGGUGGCAGCAGGAGCAGGGCGACCAGGCCCUGUAGAAGCAGGUUUUGAUAAUGAUAAUGACGACGACCCUCAUCGCCACGAGUUGUCAGCCAUCAACGAGCUCCCAGAGAGAGAGCGAUCGGACGACAAAGAUAGCACCAGCGCCUACAACACCGGAGGGGAGAGCUGCAGGAGCACGCCGUUGGUCAGCACCGAGCAGAUCCCGCCUUUACAAGAAGAGGAAGAUGAUGGAGGGAGACGACUGAUGUCACCGCCUCCUCCUCUUCCCCUCAGUCGCCUCCCCCCUCUGAACUCCCCCCUCACCCCACGGCGUCACGGUCGGGAACGAGACAGAGAGAGACGCCACUCUAACCUCAGCAGCUCUUUCUCCCCCAGCACUUACAGGAAGUACGAAACAGCCAGUGGAAAUAUGGCACAUGGCUCAAGCUCCACCCCUUCUACACCCUCCAAGUUCAGGUCUCUGACCAGAGAGGCGGGGUCAUCUUCAAGAAGGGGUGUGGCUGAUGGAGGGCGGGGCUCCAGAGCAGCUAGAGCCACUGACAGACCUGGAGGAGGAAGCGCAGAGUCGAGUCCCUAUUUCACCAGAAGACACCACAGCCACAAUAAACCGUUAGAGCGCUACCAGAGCUGCAUGACCCUGCCAUCUGAGGGCCUGGUGGACCCACUAGACCGAGUCAGAGACAGAGCGAUGGCCGAGGGCGAGGAGAGGGGGAUGGGCACAGGCAGCAGCGGCCCAGCCAGUCCCAGAAGUGUGAACAGCGCCCCAUGUGGCCUGGAGGACCACCAUACACGUGCCUCGCGGUUAGGACUGGCCUUACCGCUCGGGUUGACACACUCAUCAACUGCCUCACCACAACGCAUGGAGUGGAAGGUAAAGAUCCGGAGCGAUGGCACUCGUUAUGUGGCCAAGCGGCCGGUAAGGGAUCGUCUCCUGAAGGCCAGAGCCAUGAAGAUCAGAGAGGAACGCAGCGGCAUGACGACAGACGACGAUGCUGCCAGCGAGAUGAAACAGGGACGCUACUGGAGCAAAGAGGAGAGGAAGCAGCAGCUGCUGAGAGCCAGAGAGUACAGACGAAGACGGGAGUUCAUGAUGCAGAGCCGCCUGGACUACCUCAAAGGAGACAGGGACACUUUAUCAUCAACAGGAGGCGCUGAAGACCCAGGUUCAUCCCAGACUACCCACCUUCAUCCCCAACAUGACUCCCCCAGCAACAAUAUUCUAUUACUGAGCCAGAAGAAGAUCAUGAAGAAAAGGAAUCGUCGCAUCCUUGAUAACUGGAUCACCAUCCAGGAGCUGCUGGCUCAUGGCUCGAGGUCGCCAGACGGAAAGAAAAUAUACAACCCUCUUCUUUCUGUGACCACGGUGUGAUCUGAAGACGGAGAGGAAGAAGAGGAGAAAUGAGGAAAGAAACAAACUCAAAAAAGAUUAAAGCUUCAGAUUUAUUUGAGUUGGAAAGAAGAUGAAACGGAAAAAUCCCGUUGAAGAGAGUGGGACUUUGGAGAAAGAGUGAGAAGGGGAGGAACUUGGGACCAUUUGUGUAUGGAAACUUAAAACUGUAACCUGCAGUGUCUUUGAUAGAGAGUACAAGUGGAAUGAGAAAGAUACAACGAAGUAAAGGAAAAAGUUCAGCAGGAGAUGAAAUGUCAGAAUAGCCCUGAAAAGGUAGAGAUGACCAACAAGACGCCGCACCACAAAAGCCUAAAACUAAAAUCAGAAUAAUCCUGAAAAACUGAAGAAACCUGAAUGGUUGAGUUACUUUUCAUGUUCAAAGACAAGUCCUGAAGGUUGAAUCUGGGAACAAAUGACUUAAGGGAUUGGAUGUCUGUAUUUCUUAAAUCUGAACGGGAUCCUGAUCAGGAGGACAUAGGUCUCCGAACCAAACUUCUUUGACAUAAACAAGACACUUGUUAGGAACCAGGUUAUUCAACCUCUCACCUUCAUGACGUCUCUUAAAACUUAGCAAAGAUAUUAAAGCAUGAAACUGCUUUGAAAGUCAAAGGAAACCGUUAGUUCUUGUUCUCUGCCCCCAUUUUGACCUCAUGAAGAUGCUCCAUGAUAGACUGGUCAAAAGAGACUAUUUUCUCACAGGUUCUCCUAGUCCUGGUAGAUUAAGACAGAAUGAAAGGUCAAUUUUAAAUACGCUGCAAAUGCAAAUAAAGUCAAAGGAAAGAUGAGGGGGCACAAAGAUGCAAAUUCACCCAGAGUCAUGCAAACUGAGGUUAGUUAAAAAUGUUUUAUCUUGAGCAAAAGUUGUCCAAUCCAGGAACUUUAUGCAUCUCAUUCACAAAUGUACAACAAGAUAAAAGAAGAGAUACUGGAGGAAAUGGUAGGAAAAGAUUGCGUUCCUGGUGGCUUCUGGGGCCACUCAGCUAAAUACAUGUACAGUUCUUUGCUACCUUACAGCUAAACAUACAGUUGGUACAUUGUGUUUAUUCUCCCCACACAUCCAAAGUGCUGACAAUCCUGUUGUCCAGUUUGCGGAAAAGUAAUGGGAGGCAACAGACUUGACUUUCUGAACUUAGCUGAAGUGUCCAAUCACUGGGGAAGAAACUUUGUGAUCUGUGAUGAUACGGUUUCUCUGCGUGGAGUACCGACACUGAAAUGCUCAACAGAAUCUGUAUGUGAAUUGACAAGAUUUGUUUGUGAAGAACCAUUGAACUUAAACUUCUCCGUCUCCGAAGAUUCAGAAGGAAAGUCGAGUGAUUUUUCCCUUCACAUCUCAGAAUUUAAGUGACUUUAUUCUCCGAGGACAUUAAAAUGUACAGAAAUGUAUAGUGCAGAAGUAUAUUGACAAAAUCAUCAUGAGUAUUACUGAAACAGUGGAAGAUUGUACUAUUAAACAUUCAGUAUUAAACCACUACUCUAUGUGCAUUCAAGGAAAAACUCUAUAAUCUCUUUAAUAUCAAGCUGUCAGAUCUCGUCGAUCUUGACAUUUAGUUGCUUUACUUCUCACUUGCCUUUUAAUUUAAAGGUGCACCAUUGUAAACCACUUUCCCAGAAUGCCUUUUGAGACUGUUUUUGGGCUAUUUUCUGCUCCUAUGAAAAGCAGACAUUGGUCUUGCCAUCUCUGCUCUGAGGAUUUCUUCCUGUUUUUAUACUUUUUUAAAACCUUAUGUUUAAAUAUUAAUAGUAAGUCUAUUCAGUUUUGUUGUUUAUAGGAUUUUUUCCCUUGGCAGCAGGAUGGUUCACAGUGUGGUUCGGGCUUCAGAGACAGCUGGUUGUGUUGGACCCAUGUCAAAUGAGAUAUUAAUGCUGAUUAUUUAAAUGCAUGAAUUAAUUAUUGAACGUUGUGAAUUACUGGACACAAUUCUUGAAUUUAAAGUGGUGUAGUGUACAAAGCCUUGUGCAGACAUUUUAAGUAGUGAAAAUGUGAAAAAAUGCAGAGUAAAAUACAAUUAAAUGAAGUGAAA